AUGUACGAGACUCAUACCCCGAGUGGUAGCGGCUGCAGGUACGAGACUAGUACCCCGAGUGGUAGCGGCUGCAGGUACAAGACUAGUACCCCGAGUGGUAGCAGCUGCAGGUAUGAGACUCGUACCCCGAGUGGUAGCGGCUGCAGGUACGAGACUAGUACCCCGAGUGGUAGCAGCUACAGGUACGAGUCUAGUACCCCGAGUGGUAGCGGCUGCAGGUACGAGACUCGUACCCUAAAUGGUAGCGGCUGCAGGUACGAGACUAGUACCCUGAGUGGUAGCGGCUGCACGUACGAGACUUGUACCCCGAGUGGUAGCGGCUGCAGGUACGAGACUAAUACCCAGAGUGGUAGAAGCUACAGGUACAAGACUAGUACCCCGAGUGGUAGCGGCUGCAGGUAUGAGACUCAUACCCCAAGUGAGACUAGUACCCCGAGUGGUAGCGACUGCAGGUACGAGACUAGUACCCCGAGUGGUAGCGGCUGCAGGUAUGAGAUUAAUACCCCAAGUGGUAGCGGCUGCACGUACAAGACUCGUACCCCGAGUGGUAGUGGCUGCACGUACGAGACUUGUACCCCGAGUGGUAGCGGCUGCAGGUACGAAACUAGUACCCCGAGUGGUAGUGGCUACAGGUACCAGUCUAGUACCCCGAGUUGUAGCGGCUGCAGGUACGAGACUCGUACCCUAAAUGGUAGCGGCUGCAGGUACAAGACUCGUACCCCGAGUGGCAGCGGCUGCAGGAGGCCAUAA